AUGCAUGAAACCGGUCCGCUCGGUCGGGCCUCACCCUGAGUCUCUGUCUGUCUCAUCGGAACAGAAUGUGGAAGUCUGUGAUGUAAUAUCAGCCAGUCUUUCACCGGAAGUCGAAUCUAGUGUAGAAAUAAAGCACAGCACACUGACACGGUCAUUUGGGUCCGGUUACACUGCAGUAGAAGAACUUGCCAAACAGGUUGUGGCACCGCCUUUAAAGCGCGAACCCACCUGCAUCUGUAUUUAAGUCGGCGAGUCAUCCUCCCACAAACAAGAAACUACGAGAAGGGCACAGGCAAACAUCAAGAGAGGGGAAAAAAGUCAAACAGCAUCGCCUGAUUUUACAAGACAGCCAAUCCCCGGCGCAGCAUUACAGACAAGCAGACGCUCCUAAGCCGAUAAGCCCGGAAUUAAAGCAGAAGAAACUCGGAUCCUCGCAAGACAAAAAAACAACUCUCGCCAAGAUGAUGAUGCAGCUCCAGGAAACAUCCCCCAACCAGAAAAACUCCCUCUUCAACGCCAUGAACCGCUUCAUCGGCGCCGUCAACAACAUGGACCAGACCAUCAUGCUGCCAAGCAUGCUGCGGGACGUCCCGCUGGAGGAGGACAGGCAGAUGAGCCCGCUGAAAUCGUCGGACGAGGACGAGGGCGACAUGUACAGCUACUACCAGCUGCUCAAGUCCAUCCGCAGGGACAUCGAGUGGGGCGUCAGGUGCGCGGCGGCCGACGAGAUGCGCAAGGGGAGCAUGAAGAUCACCCGCAUGAACUCGUCCGCGUCCACCUCCUCGUCUGCGUCGUCGCUGUCAUCCGAGGACGACGAGGAAGAGGACGAGGAUUUGGAGAAGCAGUUCCAGUUCCAUUUGACCGGGCUGCAAGGGGUGCUGUCCAAGCUCACACAGCAGGCCAACUCCCUCACCAAGCGCUACAAGAAGGAGAUUGGCAUCGGAGGAUGGGGCCAGUAAACUGGGAGCGCGCACAGACACUGAAACUGUUCAUAUUUAUCAGACUGGCUGGACUUACUUUUCUCAAUUGGUCUUUUCUUAUUUGCUGCUGCUUCUUCUCCUGCUGAUGACAUUUACGGACAAACAUUUGAAUGGUAGAGAAAAGGGCAGCUUACUUCUUCUCUCUUGUCUUUUUUCGGCCUACUGGUCUACUCCGUGGUUGACAUUGACUGUAGAUGUGUUGAUCCUGAAGAAAAAAGCUUUUGCGUAUUUAACACCAGACUCAUCAUGUUUUGCACUCCCAAAGUGUUGCAUACGCAUCAUGCAUCGUUCAGCUGUGACGCACAGAUGAAACAUAUUUAAAAACCAAUUAUUUAAUGUAUUUAUUACCUCGCUGAAUGUUUGAGAGACAAACUGUUGUGUGUUAUUUGGAGAAGAGGUGGACUACAUGAACCACAGGGACCUGCCGUCUGAACCGCCCUCCCCAUCUCCUCAGUUUGGGAGGGGAGGAUACUGACAAGAGACUUAGCCUCCUGUGUGUGAGGCUGAUGAUGUCAGUGUGUUCAGAUGUGUGUGUGUGUCCGUGUACGAUCAGCUCACCUUUUAAAUCCAACGUGUUCGUGUCUUUAAGUUAUGUUGCAUGGAAGGAGGCAGAUGCUUACUGUAGAACUGCUUAUGAUCGCCUUGUGUCCUACAUGGUCAGUGAACCAGCUGAUAAUUCAUCUACAUAGAGAAUAAUGAGGGUUUUCCACCAGACGCUUUUGUUGUUGUCAUUUAUUUUCUAUUAUCAUGGCAUUGAUGGACACGUCCAUCUGUCAUAAAGAAGCAAACGCUUUUGUACGCACCUUCUGCACCAUUUUGUACUGAUGAUAUGUUUCUAAAAUAAACUUUUUUUAUGAACUGA